CAGAACAACUGUGUUAGAAAAACGAAAAUGGGCAAUCGUCAUAGCCAGUCUUACUCCCUCUCAGAAGGCAGUCACCAGUUGCCCAGAGGGGACAGCCAACCCUCAGCAGCCGUGCAGCCUCUCAGCCACCCAUCAGGGCAUGGACAGCCAAAGGCCCAACAGCCUGCCAAAGCAAGGAGUCAUCAGGGUUUUGAUGUGGAUCGGGAUGCCAAAAAGCUGAACAAAGCCUGCAAAGGAAUGGGAACCGAUGAACCAGCCAUCAUUGAGAUAUUAUCAAGCAGGACAUCUGAUGAGAGGCAACAAAUCAAGCAGAAGUACAAGGCAACGUAUGGCAAGGACCUGGAGGAGGUGUUCAAGAGUGAACUGAGUGGGAACUUCGAGAAAACAGCCUUGGCCCUUCUGGACCGCCCCAGCGAGUACGAUGCCCGGCAACUGCAAAAGGCCAUGAAAGGUCUGGGCACAGAUGAGGUGGUGCUCAUCGAGGUCCUGUGCACAAGAAGCAAUAAGGAGAUCAUCGCCAUUAAGGAAGCCUAUCAAAGGUUAUUUGACAGGAGCCUUGAAUCAGAUGUCAAAGCUGAUACCAGUGGAAACCUAAAAAAGAUUCUGGUGUCUCUGCUACAGGCUGAUCGUGAUGAAGGAGAUGACGUGGACAAAGAUCUAGCGGGUCAGGAUGCCAAAGAUCUGUAUGAUGCAGGGGAAGGCCGCUGGGGCACUGACGAGCUCGCCUUCACCGAAGUCCUGGCCAAGAGGAGCCACAAGCAAUUACGUGCCACCUUUCAAGCCUACCAGAUCCUCAUCAACAAAGACAUCGAAGAGGCCAUUGAAGAAGAAACAUCAGGAGAUCUACAGAAGACCUACUUAACUCUUGUGAGGUGCGCCCGGGACCAGGAGGGCUAUUUCGCUGACCGUCUGUACAAGUCCAUGAAGGGUGCCGGCACCAAUGAGGAGACACUCAUUCACAUCAUCGUGGCCAGGGCUGAGGCAGACCUUCAGGGGAUAAAAGCAAAGUUCCAAGAGAAGUAUCAGAAGUCUCUCUCUGACAUGGUUCGCUCUGACACCUCUGGGGACUUCCAAAAGCUGCUGAUGGCCCUCUUGCACUGAACCGAGCCAGAAGAGCAAGAGCCCGAGGAGGAGCCACCCUUGUUGAGAGCCCAUUUCAAACCAGAUCUGUAGAUGUGACUCCAGCACAUAAA